GUAUCGUGAGGGUUAUCCUUCAUAUGACACGAUAUAUUGGUCAAUGAAUCAGUUAGUCAGAGAACCAAAGGACCUGAAAAUGCAGUGGCAGCCAAGAAGGAUAUUUUGAAGUUUGAAAUGAUCCCUAUAUAAAUAGACCGGAUCAGCAUAACUUCGGGAUAAAAUUAGCCGGCAGUUUGUGGGCUAUCCAGCAUGUGCCCGUUCGCUUAUCCCAACACAGCUUCCAGAGGGAGGGGAAGUAUGGACGACGAUGACACCCCGGUCACUAAGUCUGCGGCUGCCAAGUUACUUAAGAGAAAUUUCCUUGAGGCUUUAAAGUCAAAUGACUUUGGAAAAUUGAAGGACAUUUUAAUUCAAAGGCAAAUAGAUGUGGACACAGUUUUUGAAGUUGAAGAUGAGAAUAUGGUUUUGGCAUCUUAUAAACAAGGUUAUUGGUUGCCUAGUUACAAAUUGAAGUCUUCCUGGGCAACGGGUCUGCAUCUCUCUGUCUUGUUCAAUCACGUGGAAUGUCUUCUGGUGCUACUGGACCACAAUGCUACAAUCAACUGUAGACCCAACGGGAAAACUCCUCUGCAUGUAGCUUGUGAAAUGGCCAACUUGGACUGUGUUAAGAUCCUCUGUGACCAUGGAGCCAAGCUCAACUGCUUCUCCUUAAGUGGACACACAGCUUUACACUUCUGUACAACUCCAAGCUCCAUUCUCUGUGCCAAGCAAUUGGUUUGGAGAGGGGCAAAUGUGAACAUGAAGACCAACAACCAGGAUGAGGAGACGCCCUUGCACACAGCGGCCCACUUCGGCCUCUCUGAGCUGGUAGCCUUCUACGUGGAGCAUGGGGCCGUUGUGGACAGUGUGAACGCCCACAUGGAGACCCCGCUGGCUAUUGCCACCUACUGGGCCCUCCGCUUCAAGGAGCAGGAAUACAGCAGCGAGCACCACCUCACCUGCCGGAUGCUGCUCGACUACCAUGCCGAGGUCAAUGCCCGGGAUGAUGACUUUAAGUCUCCGCUCCACAAGGCAGCCUGGAACUGUGACCACGUGCUCAUGCACAUGAUGCUGGAAGCUGGCGCCGAAGCCAAUCUCAUGGAUAUCAAUGGCUGUGCUGCCAUCCAGUAUGUGCUGAAGGUCACUUCUGUGCGACCGGCUGCCCAGCCUGAGAUCUGCUACCAGCUACUGUUGAACCAUGGGGCUGCUCGAAUAUACCCUCCACAGUUCCAUAAGGUGAUACAGUCUUGCCAUUCUUAUCCCAAAGCAAUCGAAGUAGUAGUCAACGCCUAUGAACACAUCAAGUGGAAUGUGAAGUGGAAAAGAGCUAUCCCCGAUGAUGACUUGGAGAGAUACUGGGAUUUUUACCAUUCUCUCUUCACUGUGUGCAGUAACUCUCCGAGGACUCUCAUGCAUUUAUCAAGAUGUGCCAUUCGAAGAACAUUACACAGCAGAUGUCACAGAGAUGAUUUCCACGGGCUGCAUCAGCUGACUUGCCCCCUCGCUUCCUCGUGGGUUCAGACAAUGCGAUGCGAUGACCAGAAGGAGACUGACGGGCAGGAGGAGAUGGCUGGGGACUCUAACAGGCCUCCUCUUGAUGGUGGCUGAAUUCCCUUCCCAAGACCGCAGCUCCUGUUAGGAGUCCUCCUCCUAAGCUACUGUCUCCCUGGGCUAUAGUAACUGCUUCCUCCACUUGUCCCUGCAGACCUAGGGGUAGUCCAGGCUACCUCCUGUUGCUUUUGUCCCAGGUGCUUCCUCAUUCCUUGCUACCUACAUGUCUGUAAGUAGUCCUUGAUGAAAUUCUCUUCAGUUGUCUCUAUCGAAUGUGCAAUUCAUUUCCUUGACUGUGACAGGUCAAUGAGAGCUUGGGUGGCCAUCCGAUGGUAAGUGUUCUCGGUGUUGGGAGAAGACAGAGGUCACUGUGGACCUCAGCUGUGACCUGAAGAAGGGUGGCAUUUGGGUAAGUAGGGUAAGUGAGUGGCCUCAGUGAAGUGUGAGAGCUGGAAUGCACAAUGAGUAUUCACCGUCACCAGUUAGAUAAGAUUGAUGGAAGUAGAAGAUGAUUAUCUGUGUGGAGUAGAAGAUGAGGUUGGCAGGGCUGGGUGGGAUCAAAUUAUGAAAUGUCUUGAAUCACAGGGAAGCACAGUGAGGAACCAAUAGAAUAUUAUUGCCAUCAUAUUUUAUAUCCUAUAGUUAUUAUCAUAAUCAUUCUUUUUCCAAACUUAUAACUUUUAUAGUAAUAAUAAUUAUCAUACACUGCAUAACACCUACAUGGUGUUUUAUCAUUCUGAGAGCACUUUCAUAAUGCUUAACACAGGUAAUUGCCUUUACCAUUGCUUUCAACUCUUCUUCUAGGCCAAAAAAGAAAAGAAGAAACAAUUCUGAAGAUUUAGAUGUGAAAGAAAAAUAUCCAAACAUGACAUUAGCUAACUCUUUUCUUCUCAUAUAAAACACUCUAAUCAUGUGGAAUGAUUUACUAGAGCAAAAAUGGGAUUAUAGCCUGACAUUUUUUUUAUAUCAAAAGCUAAAUAAUAUUUUGUAAUUGCAUAAAAAGAAAAAGGGGAAAUUGUUCUUUCAGGACAUCAGAGGAUGAAAGAACAGAGGUAAAAUUUGGAGUUCUAGGGCUGCUUGUAAUUCUGGCCCUGGCAGUGUUCAAGUGAUAAACUGUUUACAGGAGCACUGCCAUCAUUACUGCCCUUCAGGAGCCCCAGAAUGCCUGGCACUGCUGAAGUCAGAAGGACGAUGAAAGGCCUCUCCUUAGAAUAUCCGUAGAGAAAGCUUAGGCAGCCUCGAAUUGUUCCAAAGUAACCUUUGGCUUGUUUUGCACUAAAGAUACUUACAAAUAAACUGCAAAGUAUUUGCUCCCAUGUAUUAGGAGUGCAGUGCGGCCCAGGGGAAAAAAUAUGAAUUUUGAAAUUCAAUAGUUUGGAUUUUAAUUUUGAUUGUGCCAUUUAAUAUCUGUGUGAACUUGAGCCAGUUUCUUAAUAUGAGGGUCAAUUUAUUUGGAAAAUAGUAAUUAACGACCUGACUUACAGACUCUUUAGGGAGCUGAAUGAAACAAUUUAUGUAAAGCCUUUAUGUAGUUGAACCCCAAUAAAUGCUCUGACAGUACCUGCAUCUGCUUCGGGGUGGGGGUGGAGGGAUUAUGUAGACUAUGUGGAGGACAGAUACAGCUCCUAAAACGUUUGUGUGCACAGGCCAGAGAAGUGGCCUGCGUUUUCUUACUGCAUUUUAACACCAACGACUUUCCUGUGGUGCAAACUCUCUGCAGCGAACUGUUCCAAGCUGUCUCUGUUAAUGCUUCUCUGCUCUUGGCAGCCUGGCCUGGAGAAGGCAAGGCAGGAGUGCUUUCUCCUUGCCUUGAAUCCGCUGUGGAACUCCUGGCUCCUCCGGAGCGGGAAACGCAGCCCUGGGGAAGAUUCAACCUGAGAGCUCAGGGAAGACAAAGGCAUUCUGGGGCACUUUCAUUAAUCUCGUGGUUACAGUUUCAAACAAAUCUGCUCUACCCUUCGCUGAAAAGAGAUUUUGGAAAUCAGGAAGAGAUUUUAGAAUCACAGGUUUCUUCUCUGUGGUUGCAUCAUCUGGAAUAAAAAAAAAAAUUGCAGUUAGUUUCUGAGUAGCUGAUGAAAUAAAUAGACAACUUCAUUUAUAAUUCUAUUCAUUUCAUUUCCCUUCUUUCUGCCUACUUCCCU